AUGUCAACAAAUGAAACAUACACUAUAGUGAAUUAUUCAUUGACAUACUCAAUUAAAUUUGCUGUAUUAAUUGCACUUCAAAUUCCUUCAAUUUUAGUUUCACUAACAAUUUUUAUUUAUUUUGGUUACAAUAGUACAACUCUUGUUAAAGAUCAUAAUCAAUCAAUACUUAUUUUACUUUUAAUUAAUUUUUUUCAAGUCAUAUCUGAUCUUCCUAUGCCAAUGAAUUUCUUUCAAUUAGAUGGUAUUGUUCGACUAACUACAUCAGCUUAUUGUACUUGGUGGACAUGGUAUGAAUUUUCAUUAAAUACUACUAAUGGUUUUAUUAUGGCUUGGAUUUCUAUUGAACGUCAUAUACUUAUAUUUCAUAGUUAUUUUCUUCGAACUUUAAGUAUUUGGAAGCGAAGAUUACUUCGAAUAAUUCCUUUAGUAUUUUGUUGUCUUUGGGGACCAUUGUAUUAUACUUAUACUAUAAUAAUUAGUCCUAUGUGUAUCAAUAUUCGAUAUUUUAAUAGUCUUUUAUGUGGUAUGCCAUGUUACUUAUUAACUAAUUGGGGAACUUUUGAUCUAUUUUUUGAUGUUAUCUCUCCAGUAUUAACAAUUUUUAUUUUUAAUCUUGCUCUUUUCAUAUGUGUUAUUCAACAAAAAUUGACUGUUGCUGGAAUUAUUUCUUUUGUUUAUCUUGCUGUUUGGAUUCCAUUAUCAAUAGCUCAACUUGGUCAAAUCUAUAUUGAUUCAAAUUUUCUUUUAGCACAAUUAGAUACAUUUAAUUUUCUUGUUUACAUUGUACCUCUUGUUCUACCUAUGGUUUGUCUUAUGUCAAUGCCUGAUCUCAUUAAGAAAUUGAAAACUCUCAUAUUCAGAAGAUAUCGUGUAGCUAUAAUGCCUAAUAAUGAUCAGUUUGUUCAACAAAAUAACAACAUUCAUUUAGCAACAAUAAUUUGA